UGUGUAAUAACUACUAGGAUCACCUGAGUGUAUGUUCAUCUCGUGUUCUUCUUAUUCAAAUCACUUGUUAUUUAACUAAGACUACUUCUAAAUAAUUUCAUGCAAUUUUGAUCUCUAAAAAUAUUGAGAAAAUGCAAACUGGUCGGCCUCCACCAUUUUUCAAGCAAAUGCAUUAUCCUCACGGACCACAAUCGAACGAGUGGAACGACUUUGUGCCAUCUUUUUUGGCUCCGAAGAUGUCAUCGUUGGUACAAUUACCGUCCCAACCAUCAUCUGCUUUUCAAUUGGACUUUGAUGCGGUUCGCAAUUUUCAGAAUGUGCCGCCCGUUGAUUUAGAAGGGGGAACGUUGAUUGAUGCUACCGAGGAAGAAGAGAUCGAUCCAGUAGACGGUUGUACUGUAAGAGUAUUCACAUACCGUAUUCUAUCAGCCGACGAAAUGGAAGAACUCACGAAAACAGUUCGGCAAAAAAUUAAAUUUGACUGUACUCAAACGAUGCGAAGUCUUAAAAUGAUUGGAUCAGAAGCUAAUGUUGUUGAAAAAAGCCAACGAAUAAGUGGAGAUAUCAAAGGAAUGAAACCAAUCGAGUUUUCAAAUAAUUCAAAACAAAUUUGCUUGGAUCAACAUAGUUUGCAACUGGAUCCUAACGAUGAACAGGACCAACAGAUUUCUCGUGUUUUGAAUCAAGUUCCAAAUACAUUCAUGAGUUUGUUGAGCCGGGAAAAGGAUAUGUUUGUAAAAUUAUAUCCAGAGCUGUUUGAAAAAAUGAGGACAGAGUCCUCAUUAAUACCAUCAACUACUACGGAAAUCAUAACAAAUCCUGAUGGAUCAACAACAACAAGAGUGAAAAGUAGUAAAUCUUAUAGCUCUCACUUCUCCCGCCAAGAGACUUAUGUAAAUGGUGUAAAAAAGAUGUCAAAAAGCAAGUUUCGUGCAUUUGUUGAGUACAAGGGCCCGGAUGGUGGAUUCCAAGUGAAAUUAUCAGAUGGAGAUGAAUUUGAAUUAUCAGAAGAUGAACAAGAAGAUGAUGAUACAAGCCUAAGUCAAUCAUGUUAUUCUGAAAUUGAUUCGGAAUCUGAUAUUACUGGUCCAUCACCAAAAACUGAUUUGGAUAAGAGAUAUCAAAAAGCUUGGUAUGCGGCAAAAGAGCUGGUGGAUAGUGAGCAGAGAUAUGUGGACAAGUUGAAACUUCUUGGUGAUACUUUCCGAAAUCGGUUAAUCAAAGAAGAACUCAUCACAAAUGACAAAAUAACUCGACUUCUUGCCAAUGUGUCAUCAUUAUACCAAUUUCAUAAUACGCAUUUCCUUCCGCAACUAUUGGAAUCUAUCAGAGACUGGCACACAACCAAAAGAAUCGCCAAUGUUGUUCGAAAACAAGCUCCGUUCCUCAAAAUGUAUUCAGAAUACACGAAUAACUACGAUAGAGCCACGAAACUAUUUGAAGAACUGAAAAAGAAGAAAAAGUUUGCAGAUGUAGUUAAGGAAAUUGAAAAGCAAGCAGAGUGUGAAGGUCUUCCACUUGGACAUCAUUUAAUUUGUCCAGUACAGAGAGUAAUGAGAUAUCAAUUAUUAUUACAAGAAUAUAAGAAACAUCUUCAACCGAGUGAUGUUGAUUUUGAUGAUACUACGGUAGCUUUGGAAUUGGUAUUACAAGCAGCUGCACAUGCAAAUGAAAUGAUGAAAAAAUUGGAUCGAUUUGGGAAAGUGAUUGAAGUUCAGGAACAGCUAGGCAACUCAAUAUCUCUAGUAUCCCCAGGACGCGAACUUCUCAAAUCUGGAUCAGUUCAAAAAAUCUCAUCGACAACUGAGAAAACCGAGGAACGAUUCAUAUUCUUGUUUAAUGAUUUAGUAAUUUUGGCGAGUGAACGAAAGAUGAUUGGAGUCUCCAAGUACAAGUUGAGAGCAGUUUUCAGUGCUUCUCAUAUGCAGGUUUGUGAAGGAGAUAAUUUGGAGCGUGAGCACUCAUUUUACCUAAGAGGAUCCGAUGGAACUGGUCCAAAGAGAUGUGUUGAACUGUUCACUCCAACACAAAAAGAGAAAAAUGAUUGGGUUGAUUCGAUUUUCUCAAUCAUAGAUGAAGCUAAAGCUCACAGUCUAACUUUUACUUCAAGCUCGAGAAGUUCUAUAAGCGAAAACAACAAUAAUUCAAUUGAAUCGAAACACUGCGCUGAUUGUGAUAUUGAAUUUGGGUUCCUAUCACGGGGUUCGAAAUGUGUCAAAUGCAGUCGUCGUCUCUGUAAAAAAUGUUUUGGUCGUCGCAGAAAUGAGUCGAAAAAGCACAGAAUAUGUGAUACAUGCACCAAAAAUAUGGAUCUAGAUGGAAUUCCAAGAAGCUUUUCAACUCAAAGUAAUAUGCGAAGGAAUCUUCUUCAACUACCAGCUAAGGGUUCAGGAGUAUUGCAUUCAAGCCAGAUUAGGUUCCGUGGAUCUUUGGGGAAAUUGUUAGAUCGAUUUAUGGUUGUUCGAGACGAUUUCUGUAUGUACACUUAUUCAUCAGAAGAGGAUAUAUGUGCCUUGGCUAUGCUGCCACUUCCAGGAUGUGAAGUAAAGAUGUGUGGAGAAAAAUUCACAUUUUCGGUUCGAGUCGGAGCCCGUCGAAUGUACACAAUGACCGCUGAAGACGAACAAACCCAAAUGAAAUGGUUGGCGAUUUUGGAUUUAGCCGCAAACGCACAUCUGAAGAAUCAACGGAAUUCUGGAUCCGAGCAAUCUGAAUGAUGAUUCUUUUUUGGCACCCAGCCAAGACAUAUGUUUAUUUUCUUAGUUAUUUCAGUGUUCUAUUCUUGUUUUUCUCUCAAUUCUUAUUAUUCGUUCGUUGAAACUGUAUCCAAAUUUUCCGAACUGAUUAUAUUUUUUAAAUACGUUCAUCUCAUCUCAUCCCUCUUCUCUCACUCACUACUAAAAUCGUACGCAAGUGCGUUCCGCCUGAACACAUAUCUGUUCUCGAAUUCUAGUCAUCGUAGAAUCUGAAAUUUUGAACUCCUGCAAUCUGAAUAUUUUCUGACCUUGAAAUGACCAAAUUGUCUCUUUUACUACCUUCUCCUUCUCCACGAGUUUUAUUAAUUUUUUUUGAACAUUUAAUAAACUAUAACACUAAUUUUAAAUU